AUGACCCUACCUUCAGGGGAAGAGGUUGUCGUUUUAUUAAUGGAUACACAAGGUUCUUUUGAUAGCACUAGUACUAUGCGUCAUUGUGCCACAGUUUUCGCUCUGAGUACAAUGUUGAGCAGUAUCCAAGUUUACAAUAUACAUGGUAAUAUCCAAGAAGAUCACCUCCAACAUCUUCAUCUGUUCACUGAAUAUGGUCGGUUAGCAUUAGAGUCAGAAGUUUCUGGGUCUCCAUUUCAGCAUCUGUUGUUUCUUGUUCGUGACUGGAGUUAUCCUUACGAAUAUAAUUUUGGAAAAGAUGGUGGUAAUCAGUUGCUCAAUAACCGUCUCAAGAUUGUUCAACAACACCACACAGAGCACCAAACUGUUCGUCGGCAUAUUCGAUCGUGUUUCUCUCAGGUGGAUUGUUUUCUAAUGCCUCAUCCUGGUCUUAAAGUUUCAACUAAUCCGAAGUUUGACGGGCGAGUGAAAGACAUUGAUCCCGAUUUCGUUGAAAAUCUCAUAGUUCUGGUCCCUGAUCUCUUAGCCCCAGUCAAUUUAGUUGUCAAAAAGAUAAAUGGCCAGGAAGUUACGUGCCGUGAAUUAUUUACUUAUUUCAAAGCAUACAUAAAGAUUUACGAGAGUGAUACUCUUCCAGAACCACGUUCAAUGUUGGAGGCGACUGCAGAAGCAAAUAAUUUAAAUGCAAUAUUAGCUUGUCAAGAAAUGUACACAGAGGCGAUGAACAAGAUAUGUGGACCAGACCGACCGUACAUCAACCCAAAUGAACUAGAAGCGUUGCAUUUGAAAAUAUAUAAUAAUUGUAUUGAGAAGUUCAAUAGUAUCCCUAAAAUGGGUGGUAAAGCAUUUUCUGAAGAGUAUUUGCAUCGCUUAAAGGAAACAAUAACGCAAAUGGGAGAAGACUUCCGCUUAGCGAAUUCUAAAAAGAACAUAUUUCAAACUUUUCGUACUCCAACCGUCUUGGUUGUCAUCUUACUGCUUUUCCAUGUUGUCACAGGAAUAUCUGAGUUCAUUGGCUUAUCAGUGAUUUCAAAUGUUCUGACUAUGCCGUUCUACAUUGCUUUAAUAACAUUGUUUACGUGGUUGUUUUUAAGUUAUACUGGUCAAGCGCCGGAAUUAGCCAAUGCUAUAGACCAUUCAGCUGAGUUAGUGAUGAAUAAGGUCUUCACUCCUGCAAUAGAAGCAGUUGGUAGACGUGGAAUUGCUCAGUUAGUUGGAGGUGGUGAUUUGAUUCCUCCUAAUAACCAUGCUACUAGAAGCUGA